AUGUCUAACCAUGGCAGCAGCAAACGUCUUCGCCAGCUACUACCAGCCGCCCAUGGUGCAGAUGGCAAUGAUAUAAACCACGCGACUGGCUCGUCAUCCUCAUCAGCCAACGCCCCCGCUGCGUCCACUACCGCUCUUGGUCAUACCCAUGGUUACAACCAGACGCCGGGUCACGGCCAACCGGGCCUGCUCGAUGGUGAUGCUUCCCUCAGCGAGUACGAUGAUCGCGGUAAGCGAAAACGGAUCGGCACCCAGCUCGCCUGCAACGAUUGCCGCCGCAGGAAGGCUCGCCGCCCUUCGUGCCAGGCGUGCCUGAAGAGGUUCAAAACUUGCGUCUACACCGAGAAGCCCGCGCGAGGAGCGUCCGAUACCACCAUGGUCGAGUCGUACGAAGUGCUGCAGAUCCUCAAGGCAGCCCCCGAGCCCGAAGCUCUCGACAUAUUGCGCAUGCUCAGGGCUAACCGCGACCCGUCGGCCGUUCUCGCCGUCCUCAAAGACUCUACAAGCUCCAAUCCUACGCCGUCCGAGCCCGGUGCAGACCAUAGCUACACCAACCUCUCCCGGUCUCGCUUUGAACACGAGCUCAUGCGGAACUACCCUACCGCCUAUCCUGUCAUUCGUCCUCUUCCACUGCCGCGCCCUGAGACGUUUGAUGCGAGUCCAGCCCCUUAUCUCCGACGAACGAGGUCCAUGGAUCAAAGGACUAUUCUAGGUAUUCAUCUCUCAGGCUAUGGCCUCCCGGGCGACCACAUGACGGGAAGCUCUUAUCUCGCCGACACGGAGGAUAACCCCUUUUUGACUGAGACGAGCGGCGGCAUAGCGCCAACUUUGGUACCAAUAUGCGACGAGAGGCUGCACCAUCUCGACAUGUCCUUCUGGACGGACAUUCCUCUCUCCAACGAAUUUGCAACCAACGUGAUUUCUUUGUAUUUGACAACGGAUCACCCCCUGCUCGGCAUGUUCGAUCCCGACUUGUUUGUAUCCGAUCUCGUCGGCCACAGAGACGUAUACUGUUCCCGGUUCCUGGUGCAUGCUCUCAUGUACUGGGGCACUCAAAUGUACACCAGUCUCGACGAAUCCGCGCACCCACUGGUUUCGCAGUUCGGCAACGAGGCAGAGCGGCUGUGGUGGGCAGCAAAAUCUACCGACAGCCUGUGCAGCAUUGCAGGGGCUCAACUGCUAAGCUUGGCUUUCAUGGGCAACGGGCGCGAUCACUUUGUUUUGGUGUUCCUCACUGAAGCAUGCCGCAUGGCGAGGAGGAUGUCCCUGUUGGGAGUUGAGCCUACUAGUCUGGUGGCGCAGAACGACACGACCGCGGAGCAACCCGGGUUGGAGUAUCCAGAGUACCCUCCGGCGCUGCCCAUUCCUGGCGAUUCCCCGGAGUUCGCCUCGUCGCCGGGGUCCAGCCGAAGCAGGGAUUCAGACACGAACUCACAGAUCCCCGAGAGAAUCCCUCCCAUAUACAUGGGCGAAACCUUUACGGCACUCACGCCUGCGCACAUCAGUGAGCACGUGUCGAUCGAGUUCGCAGAGCGCAAAUACCGCGAGCUUCUGGCUUGGAUUGAAACGCUUCCGUCGUCAUUUGCGCAGGCGGAAGACAACCCCCAUCAUGUCAUGACGUUUCACCUGUGGUUCCACGCUGCGAUACUGGACAUAUUUCGCCCUUUUUUGCGGGACGACAAGGCCAAGAAGACCCGCCUCACUACCUUCUCGUCGCGGAGGAGUUCCGCCGAGGCCGCUUUCAAAGCGUCGGUUAAUCAACUGAAACGACUCAUCGUCGUGUACCGCUCCCAGUACCAAUCCUCCGCAUACACGAUCCUCUGGCACACGGCGCUGAUUUACGUGGCCAACGCCGUGCUCAAGGACACGGGUGACCCGGAGUGGCGCUUCUAUUUCCUCCACUGCGUGUACGGCUACGAGUCGCUCCGCAAGUCCUACCGCCUCGCCGAGGCCAUCGGCCGCGCGCUCCUCGCCAUGACGCUGCGCAACGGCGACAUUACGGGGCUGGAGGCGCGCACCAUACUGCAGCAGCUGAAGCAGCGCGGGCUGGACCAUCCCUCUGGCGACAUCCGGGCCACCUUCAUGGGCGACCUCGAGCUCGCCCUGACGAACCCGGGCGAGGCCAAGGUCGAGACGCUCGCCGGGCAGUUCGAAGACGUCGCGCUCUUUCAAGAGUUCAUCGACAUGGAGGCGACGUCGCACGACGACAUGUUUAUGGACAUGGACCACUUUGACGAGAGUCACACGCAUCGGUUUUGA